AAUUUUUCCACUAGGUUGUUUUUAUUAAAUUAGCGUCAAUUUACUGUAUUUUUAUUAAGUUAAUGAAAGUGAAAGCAAUUAGUGAUGGAAGAGGGCUCGAGAGCUGAAAAAAUAAUCUCACAGGCAGUGCAAUGGAGUUUCGAAGGAGAUUGCUCGCUACUCACUUGGAUGCAGGAGCUUUCGCAGAAUUUAGAACAGCGGGCGUCAACCACCAGCGAUGCACUUCAACAACUGAGUGUGAAUGUGAAUAGAACGGCAAUAGCACUGGAGAAUGCGGCCAACAGCUUGACCGCAUUGCAAUACACACAGUUUGUCGAGAGUCGCUGCCAUGAUGAUGACGAAACACUAGCGAAUGCAACAGAAUUGCCAGCGGAAGUAGUGCCCACGUCCAGUGACAAAACGACGACUCCCAGUGAGAUGCUGGAAACAUUUCUGCGGAAAAAUUUGCAAAUGCUGCACAAUAGUCAUGAGAAGUAUGCGCUCGAUUUCGAAGACUCUGAUGACGACGAAUCCGCCACUGCGACUAACUGUAUUUAUCAACCGAAGAACCCAUACAACGAUGCCUUACUGCCACAUAUUUAUGGGAGUAAACUGUGGAAAGAGCACUGGCAUGUAGGGCUGUGUGAUGGCUCUAACGAGUACUCUGGCGAUGAAACAUCCGAUGCAUUUUCUGAAUCCUCCACCUCCUCAGCUACCGAUAACGAAUCAUAUGAGAGUAAUACGGCGAAUCUCUCAGAAUGGGCUUCGAGUACAUCUAUACCGAUCGAACAUAAGCAUCCUGCACUGUUGGUGACAACUCAAAAUAAUCCAGUGGUGACUGCAACAAAUAAUGCUGCUGCUCAAAAUAAACGUUUACCAACCACACCACAAUUUCCAAGUAACGAUGAUAGCGAUACUUGUUCUACAACGUCUCGAAGUACCACGCGGAAUCCAGCAACGCAUCAAGCACGCGUUCAUGAUUUGUUUGCUACAUUGCGGCAUGAUACACCAAUUACGAGUACUUCUGCUUCAUCAUCAUCCCCACAGCAACAACAAAUCGCUGUUAACUCAGUGCAUAACAAUCGUAAUGCGACAGAGCCUUCUUCUAUAUUGCCGCCUUUUAUUGACUCAAUACCACCUACAGACAUUUUUGCUGAUGCGGUAUUAGCACAAAAACCCAACAGUAAUACAGAAAGGGAAUCAAUACAGCAAAGAUCAGAAACUACCCAACAAAGUAAACGAAUGCCUGUAAAUUUGUUCGAUGAUGAUGAUUUCAAUUCGUUCAUGACAGAAGUCGAGGAUAAACCCCAAACGAAAGUUGAACAGCAUGCACAAUUGCCAGUUCCAGCGACUAGAAAUCUUUCAAUGAAAAAUGAAGCAAGUGUUCCUCCAGUGAAACAAGCAACUGUGCCAAAUACAGUAGAUUUGUUUGCCGAGCAGUUGAAUAUUAAAACGCCAAUUGUAAAUAAGCCAACUAUGCCGGCGAAAGUUGAAAAACCAAAUGAAAUUAAACAACGAAAACCAAUAAAUCUUUUUGAAAGCCCCGAAGACAGCUCCGAGAAUGAUUCGAUCUUCUCCACGACUGCAAGUAAAGAGAAAAAGUUGGAUAUUGGUGUAGCAGCAGCUAAGCCAAGCAUUACUGCAAAACUGCUAUUUGACGAUGACGAAGAUGAUGAUGACUUUUUAAAUGUGUUUGGCACAAAAAAACUAAACUUACCACCACCGAAAAGUACAGGUAAAAGUUUGUUCUUUGACGAGGAAAGUGAUAAAGAAAGUCGGCCUACUAAACAGUCGUCACGAUUUACGAGCAAUCUGUUCGAUGAUAUUCCACCUGCAGAUUAUGAACCUCAAUCCACUUUGAAGCACGAAACCAAGAAAGGGGUCGAUAGCAGUGCAAUUGAGGAGAGUGGGAGUAGAGCGAGUAUACAAAAGGAUACGACAGCAACUGCCCAAGUGGACUUAUUUGAUAAUAUUGAUGAUGGAGUGGGUCAAAAACCUAUACUAAAUUUACCCAAAACGGGAGGUCAACCACAGAGGUUAGAAACAGCAGCAGUGCAAUCCAGUAACAAACUUUUCGGAGGGAAUCUUUUUGGCGACGAAGACAAUGAGGAUUUAGAUGAUUUAUUCGCGUCGCAAUCAAAAACCAGUCAAAAAUUAACCAAAUCUGUUCCUAAUGAGGCUGUAUUUGAAAAUGUUUUUGCUGAUAAUGACGACUUAUUCAGUGAAGGUGUAGCGAAAAGAGAUGCAAAAGCUGAGGGUGAUGACACUAAAGCAAUUCCCAAUAAAACUUCUCAAAUUCCAGAUGCACCAAGCGAUGUGCCGAAAAGAACAGCACUUUUUGAUGAUGACUUCGACGAUGAUAGCGACGAUUUAUUUGGCGUAAAACCAACUACGAAAGUAAUACUCAACCAGCAAAACAGCACUGAUAAUCGGAAACAAAAAGACGGCGCUACUUUAUUAGAGCAGAAACAAAAUAAGAAAUCUCCAACUAAGCAAGCCACAGAAACAGCAAAUGCUAACCCACAAACCGCCUUAUUCGAAGAUGUUUUGGAAACUGGGAAAGAGGAUUUGUUUAAUGAGAUUUAUAUAGAUUCGGUGUCAGAAGUCACCAAAGACGAUCACGCAGACAUGAGUGAGGUGAAUUCAGACACAAUGCAGUCUAAUUCCACUGUGCUUCCUGUUGUAGAUCAACCAGUGAGCAUUUUGUUUGAGAAGAAAAGUGCUGCAACACCAAUUAAUGAAUUACAGAGUACCGCACUUUUCGUUGACGAAGUUAACACUGUAAGCGAAUCUUUAUUCCCUGAAUCUCCAAGUACACCAAACGACGACAUAAAUGAGCAAGUGGUUAAUUAUGCCGAAAAGAAUCCAAUCGUUGAGGCCAACAGCUUAGCUGUGACUGCGGAAAAAGCAGCAGAUAAUGAAAUUUUAAAAUCGAAAAUGCAGGAAACUGACGCUAAUUCGGCUGUAGAUGCGCAAAUUAGUUCAACAAGCAAAUCUUCAGAUAUGGAAAUAGCUGUAGAACCUGAACAAAACAGCUCUAACGUAAAUGCCGCAGAAACUUCAUUGGAACCAUCAAUACCAUCAGUUGUUGCUCAUGCUGAUAUAGACACACAACCUGCUCCCAAUCAUAAAUAUCCUGGCAUUUUUCUCGACGAGCCACCAGAUGAUGAUGAUUUCUUCACAACACUCAACAAUAGUACUCAACCUUUGUCCGUCUCGAAAUUGACGCUCGACCUGGAAAAUGAUUUCUAUGAACCUGCCUUACCAGAGGCACCAAACAUUGAAAACAAAGCAACGCCAAUAACUGCCACAAACGUCCAAAAAAAUGGGAACAUCAAAAAUCAGCCGAAUAGUAGUAGUGAUUAUGGUGGUUUACGUUUGUUUAGUGAAAUCCCCCCAGACGAUGAUGGCGAUGAUUUUAGCUUUUCUGCGCCCGCGAAAGCUACACCUCAGAAUACUGUGAUGAAUCAGCGUUUGCAUAGUGUUUUCUAUGAUGAUUUCUCAGAGACUUUGGAGGCAGUACAGCAGAUAAAGGAAAAUAGAACAGCAGCGCAGAUGCUAUUCGCUGAUGAGCCGCCCGCGGAUGAAGAGCUAUUUAAUAUAAUGGAAAAAGUGACACCAACGAAGCUGCAUGCUAAGGAAAGGGAAAAGGCAGGAAAUUUAAUAGAUUCAACCAGCCGAAUGCCAUCUGUAAAGAAUGAAAGUUUCAAAGUUGAAAGGGACAGGAAUGAUGAACUUGCGACUAGCAGUAGCAACGUCGCUGCAUCCUCCAAAGAUGUGACCGAUCGGGUAGUAAACGAGUUGAAUUCGGAUUUCUUACAUGCGCCGGAAAAAUCGAGCAGCCCUCCAGGCAAAUUGCAAAUGCCAAAUAUCAAGAUAAACGUACAGGCGUUACUACCGGGCGUUGGUGGAAAGCCACAUUUUAAAAAGUCGCCAACUUCUGCUGAGGUAUCUAAACCUUCAGCUACUCCAACGGAAAUUCCAGAAUCAUCAACUGCGAUAAGCAAAGAGACCUCAAGCGCAUCUUUAAUUUCGACUACAACGUCUGAGUCAGCUAAUGAAAACAUGUUGACUAGUGUUUGCAAGACACGUGUGCGUGCACCAGCCGGCAGACGUCCGUCUACGCGGAGAGCGCGUCAGGAAAAUUAUCGACAAUCUCUUAUUGGCGAGCAAGCAGACCUCGAACGGCGUGAUGAUGCCCAUAAAAAUCGACCGGAGGGAAACGUGCCAGAUAGAGAUCAGCACCAGGAGCAGCUGCGCAACAAAGCCGAAACUACAAAUGUGGCAAUAGAUUCCAGCAACGAGGGAGCAACUGCAUUAAAUGCAAGCAGUACCGACAUUAAUGCUUUGCAUACAAAUUUAUUUGUAGACGACGACGACGACGACGCUUACGAUUAUGAUUCUCUCUUCAAAUCUGCGCACAUUCGUAAUGCGAAGAAAAAUAUUCCAACUCAAAGUGCAAAUCCCAAAACACCAAAUUCCAUAAAUUCCAACGACCACAGGACUGCCGAAAAGCCUUUUGAACAAACGCCCACAGUGCAAGCGACAGCGAAAAACCCAUCAACAUUCACAAAAUAUUUUGCCGAAAAAGAAGAUGACAAGGCAGAUGAUCUAUUUGAGAGUGCGCAUGUCACGCAAGCAGAUAGAAGUAUUAGUACAAUAACAAAAACACAAACGAACAAACCUUCAACAGCAAAGAGUACUUCAAAAUCUGUAUUUGGCAUUCCUCCAAGUGAAGAUGCCUAUGAUGAUCUCUUCAAAAGCGGUAAAUCAGCGCCACCAGUAAAUGCAACAACAACGCAAACAACAAAAUCUUUACCACCAACAAUCAAAGCAACUAAUGUCAGUGGUCAACAAAAACAAACAGCCAGCAUAGGGGGCAGUAAAUUAGACUCAAUUUUCGGCAGCGAUGAUGAAGAUGCAGAUUUUUUGUCAAACCUGAAGCCCAAGAAAAAAACAACAACAUCAAACUUAAAGUCAACCAGCUCAGGUGGCAUAGCAAAGCAGGCAAAGGCAGGCGGUGGCGGCCUAUUUAGUGAUAUUGAAAGUGAUGAAGAUGAUCUUUUCGGUGGAAAAAGGAAGUCAAAACAUGAUACCGUUAAAACAAAAGCAACUACUGCAACAAAAAUGCAGGUACCACCAACACACAAAUCAACGAAAAUUACGCCGACUCUCAAGAAUCCAGCAACCCUGGCCGAUAAUCCUUUGGCAGAUUUGCUAGACCCAUAAGAUUUUGUGAAGCAUAUUUGGCCUUUCACUAACCUAUAUCUGUAUUAAAAAAUAAAUAAAAAACAGUAAAAGUGCAUUAAAAAUUACAAACAGUAAUCUUUAAAAAAUAAUAAUAAUGAAACAUAAAAAAAACAUAUGCACUCUGUAAUUAGCGAACAAAAAGUUGAAAAUUUCUAUGGAAUUUUUUAUGUAAAAAGUCUUUUUAGUUUUAUUAUAUAUAUAUAUACAUUGCACACAAGUAAUUUGUUUUGUUACAUACGCAUAUAGACAAAAUAAAGUAAAUG